AGAAGGAGAGAGAAUACGCACAGCGGAAGGGAGGGUGAGAGCUCUGGUAGACGGAGGCAGUGUGGAUAUCAAACGGACGCUUCUAUAGCUUUAGGAUCUACACAACAGCAUUUAUUUUUUUAUUAUAAAUUCCCACCUGAAGGACUCUUAAACCAGAGCAGAACAGGAAGGCAGCGAAGAAUCGCCGGCUUUCGCUUGUUUUAUUUGGAAACGCGGGGUUUGUCUGUUGGCAAGCGGCAGUGGAAGAUGCUCCUUUAAUUGGAUUCAUCUGGAAAGCUCUCAAACCGCAAGGAGAGCUGCCUAAGUGACAGCGGUUCUAUAACGCAGCGUAGUAAAUUAUCUUUCUUUCAGUCUUUCUCUCCAUCCUCCUGUUUUCCAUCGGCUCUGCCCCCCUCUCUUUUCUCGACAACCCCUCAUCUUUUUCCACACUAGCAGAAGAGUUUCUGUGGAACACGCAGGUCCUCGCGAUGGGUGAUAAAGGCACAAGGGUGUUCAAGAAGGCAAGUCCGAAUGGAAAGCUAACUGUGUACCUUGGUAAGAGGGAUUUCGUUGACCAUGUGGACCUUGUGGAUCCUGUCGAUGGUGUGGUUUUAAUUGAUCCAGAGUACUUGAAAGAAAGAAAAGUUUUUGUGACACUGACGUGUGCUUUCCGCUAUGGACGGGAGGACUUGGACGUUCUUGGCUUGACGUUUCGCAAAGACCUCUUUGUGGCCAACAUCCAGGCAUUUCCUCCCGUGCCUGAAGAGAAAAAGGGCUUGACACGUCUACAAGAGCGAUUGAUAAAGAAACUCGGAGAACAUGCUUACCCCUUCACCUUCGAGAUUACUCCGAAUUUACCCUGUUCUGUCACGUUACAACCAGGGCCAGAAGAUACAGGAAAGGCCUGCGGGGUUGACUUUGAAGUCAAAGCUUUUUGUGCAGAAAAUGUUGAAGAAAAAAUCCACAAAAGGAAUUCAGUGCGUCUCGUCAUCAGAAAAGUGCAGUAUGCUCCAGAGAAGCCGGGCCCGCAGCCAAUGGCUGAAACCACAAGGCAGUUUCUCAUGUCAGACAAACCAUUACACCUGGAGGCCUCACUUGACAAAGAGAUUUACUAUCAUGGUGAACCAAUUAGUGUCAACGUCCAUGUCACAAACAACACAAACAAGACAGUAAAAAAAAUGAAGAUUUCAGUGCGUCAAUAUGCUGAUAUUUGCCUCUUCAACACUGCCCAGUACAAGUGUCCAGUGGCGACAGAGGAAUCAGAUGAUUUUGUGGCUCCCAGUGCCACAUUUUGCAAAGUAUAUACUCUCACCCCAUUCCUGGCGAAUAACCGAGAGAAACGCGGCUUGGCUCUGGAUGGCAAACUCAAACAUGAAGACACAAAUUUAGCAUCGAGUACAUUGUUAAGAGAGGGAGCCAAUAAAGAAAUUCUGGGCAUCAUUGUUUCAUAUAAGGUGAAAGUGAAGCUGGUGGUGUCCCGCGGAGGACUGCUGGGAGAUCUUGCCUCAAGUGAUGUUGCAGUCGAGCUCCCCUUUACAUUAAUGCAUCCCAAACCAUUGGAGGAAUCAUUCUACAGAGAUGCCCCAGAAAACGAUGCCCCCAUUGACACAAAUCUCAUUGAAUUUGACACAAAUGAUGAUGACAUCAUCUUCGAGGACUUUGCUCGGCAACGACUGAUCGGGGCAAAAGACGACAAAGAUGAAGAAGAGGAGGGUGCCGAUUCGCCCAAACUGAAUGACAGAUAGACGCGCAGAUAAGAGUUUCCUGUGUUGUGACGAUACGAGAGACCCUUUCGAGAUAACCUGGAAAAAUGGGACACCCUUUAACACACUCACAGUGGUGACGUUGUUGUGUUCUUGUUCACAUUCGUCUCUUCCAUCAUGCGAGGGUGUAAAAUAAAAACUUAAGUGUAGAAAAAUGUGACCUUGUCGUUGAAGCGAUUAGAAGGUGAGGUUUUAGUUGAUAGGCCACCCACUGAGUGCCUCGGAUAUUUGAGGGUCUUUUGGGGUUGAGGCAAUGGUUUCUCAUCAUAGCUAAAUCAAACGUCAGUGGUAGCAUGCCUUUAAUGUUGCUUUGUUUCAUAGAUUCUGCCUUUGAUUAGAACAGAGGAGGAGUUUGAGGGCCGUGGCUUAGUAUUAAACCAUAUUUAAUGUAUGGAAUUUGAUCUGUUUUAAUUACUCAAAAAGGAACUGGAUUUAGUAUUUUUAUUAUAAAAAGCUGCCAAAUUGAAUAAUCUUUAUAAUGUCUUGUGUCUCAACUGAGAACUUUUUUUCCACUUUUCAAAAGAACCAAUGUAUCAAAAUCUAAAAAGUUAUGGGUAUGGGUAAAAGUUAUGGGUAUAUAUAUAUAAGAUACAUGACAAUGCAACAACCGUUUAUGACAUUUUUUUCUCUUCAAUCGUUUGUAAAAGUGGGUUUCUAUGAAAUCAUUUAAUUGUAAACAAUGCCUAUAUAUCUUCAAAGGGACAAUAUAUUACUAUAUGAUAUUUUUACAUAAUUGAAGCUUCUCAAACAAAGCACCAAUGAAUAGUUGUGCUACAAACAUUCCAGUUACAAUAUCUAGUCUGAAUAAAGUAUAUGUAUCCUUAAAUCUGUUUCAAAACUAUCUUCUGUGGAACAGAAAAGGAGAAAUUUUGAAUAUACUGGUUAUUUUUCCAGUGUUAUCACAAUUAAUAGGGACUGCAGCUUUCAAGUGUCAAUAAAGCUUUAAAAGCACC